AUGUUGAGCAUGCGUUGUGGUAAUGAAAGAAAUGGAAGUUCUGUCAUGGCGAGCCAGCAAGUUACCGAAGGUAAGUGACUUGCAGAAUAUUCACUUCACCUUUGAUGUUAUGAAAAAUUGAGUGAGGAUUUCCCGUUUCCCGCAAAUGUCUCCGCUUGUUUGCAGAUCUGAAAGCAUUUGAACGGAGGCUCACGGAGUACGUGCAAUGUUUAGGUCCACAAACUGGCAAAUGGAGACGUAAGUCUUUUAAAAUCGAACUCACAGUUUUAAAGCGUAUUUCUGAUCAAUAUUUUAGGUUAAGUAUCUUUUUUGAUUGUCCAAGUUAUGGUUAAAAUAUGCGCGAUGUAAAAUUGGUCCUGAAUGUUUCUGAACGUGUUGUAAUGCUCAGAAGAAUAUGACAGUUAGGGGUGUUAAUUGUCUCUGCGAAUCCUUCAACUAAAAAAUUCCGCCUCGAUGUAAGUUAAGUCUGACCGAUUUUUUAAUUGUUUUGCAGUUAUUCUUGUUCUGUCGUCAGUUGCAACCGCUGCAGGAGCCUGGGGAUUAAUCACAGAUAAUCAACAUGUAGGUUUGACACUGUGAAAAUCCAUGCAAAUUAGCAAGUUCACAAUUUUAAUUGGGUUUUUCAUAUCAUACCUGGCGAUUGUCACAUGUUGUGCAGAACUCUCAUUUUGGCUGAUCAAAAAAUUAAUAAUUCUUGCAUGCCCUCUUUUAAAUUACAACCAAUAUUUCAUAAUCAUGAAGAAUAUAUGAUUACCCUGCUAAGAAAGCACACCAUCAAGAAAACAUGUGCUGAAAAUUUUAAGUCGGAGCAGCUUCUAUCAGAGAAAAGACAAUGUGAAAAUGUGUACUUUUUUUUUUUUUAAUUUGAAAUUAUCCUUGCUCAAUGGGAAGGACACAUGGCUGAUUUGAUCAUUGACUGCAUAGACCAAGCACCUUUGAAAUGUGUUUUCGCAACUGUAACAAUUUGGAUUAUAUGAUUUAUGUUUAGGUUAUAAAUAUUGUAAGUAAGAAUUAUCCAUCAAGCCUUUGACCUUCCUCGCUGAAAAAAGUCAGUAUAACCUGUUUGCUUUUAUGACCUUGUUUGCAGCAUCCUUCACUACUGCAGUAUCUGUGGCAUCAUAAAUUUUUCACAAUCAGUUGCUGUAAUUUAUUCAUUUUAUUUAUGCUGGGAAUUCAUAGGAGAGUUAUGGCACCUCAAAUGUAUCCUUCUCUGAAAUCUUAGAGUUCAAACUUUUGCAUAAAAUAUUUGUAUCAGUAAAACUAUUUUACUCAGCAAAGUCCCCAGCAUAGCAAAGUCUCCCUUUUUGGUGGCCAGAUUACCAUGCAAGAUUCAAUGUGGCAUGGUCUGUAGACAAAUUUCAGCACAUUUCAGGACAAUUUUGAAAGGGUUAAGUUACUCAUUGGAAUAUCCAAACAUGGUCAGUAUUACCACUUUGCGUAAACUUUUCAAUGGUGAGGAUUGAAAAAUUAUUGUUUCAUAAAUAUGCCUCUCUUAGGGAAUAUACCUACCUCUCCCUACAGGAGUCAAGCAACUGCCACCAGAGCGCCAUUCAGAGUUUCCAAGAAAAGACAGAAAAUCUUUUUUUUUAAAUCUUUUUGACAACCCUGACAAUUUGUUUACCCUAUUUUUGUGAUGUAGAGGAAAGAGGAGCUUUUCCAGAAUCAUGUGUUAGUUAUAAACAAUUGUCCUGCAUGCAAUACAUGGAGGUUUCCCAUCCACAGUUGUUGGACCCUUGUAUUUCGUUUGUGUUUCUUUAACUUGUGUGUAAUAGAAUUUUAGCAAGAACAAGAGUAGUUUUAGAGGAUUAUAACAUGUCCUGUGAUGAGGUAAGAUCUUUAGUUUUCAAUGGCUUUGUUAUGCAGUUAAGUGGUGAAUGUGAUUUUUUAAACCUUUUUUUUAAGCAGGUAAACUUGUUUUCUUAAUAUUGGGCAACAAACAGUAAUGUUGAACUUGGAAGACAAGCGCAAUCUUAAUUGUGUUAAAAGGCUCCUUGUAGAGUCAUUAUUACUGUUGAUAAUCAUUAUGUAUUACAAUUUGACAUUACCUUUAAAGCAAGAACAAGACCAGUAACAUGGACCCAAAAAAUAGUAAAGGGAAGUUUAAAUUUUUUUUUUGAAGGUCAUUAUUUGGGUGUCCAUAUCUUUCAUUCUAUUUUUUGAGAAAGUCUCAAAGUCUGACAGACUUAGAGAUAAGUAUACACUUUACUUCAUGCAUGCUCUUUGGAAGGUAAUAUUAGGAAUUGUUUUUAAUGUGGAUUACAAUGCGUACCAUUUUAUUGAAUGUCCUCUUCUUUCAUUUCAGAAGGGAAGACUUAUUCUGCGACCAAGACCAUCUUGACCCAUGCUUUUAAAGUACAUAAUUAUGAAAUGACUUUUUUUGUUAUUCAUAGUAGAAGAUAUAGUCCUGAGUUUCAGUACCUCAGAACCGAGAAUUUUUUAGAAAAUAGUCUCCAUUUUUGAGGAACAAGGGCAACUAAAAUUAUGAAUCAUAACUAUCUUUUCUUUUCCCCCUUUACUUAGCAGUUAGACAUUGCAAUACAUUACAGUGAAUAGGAGAGGAUAAAAUGGAUAUCUUACCACACAGUAACGUGGAGCAAAUUCAGACUCGAACCUCAAAUAUUGCAAACAAAAGAUUUCAUUUCAUAUGAACUUUAAGAUGUAUUAGUAUAUGUUUUAGAAACAAUUGGAUGUAUAGUUAAACUUUAAAAAUGUUUUAUUCAUAUAUUGGGAUGUGAUGUCAACAUCUCAACACACAGUAGUUCUUAAUAAUCAUUUGGACGAUAACUGUAUUUGAUGACUUUUCAGGCAUUGGUGAAGGUGAUGCCUAGUCCAAGGGGCUUAAUUUUUUGUUUGUUGUAACAAGGUGAUAAAGACUCAAGUUUAAUUAAUAGACAUUAAAAAAGACAGGAGGUAAAGUGAAAUUUUCAGACAUAUGGAAUUCUUGGAGACUCAUUGUCAUUUACCAACAAGGAUGUUUUGUUGUUAGUAAUUACAAGCCUCUAAAAAGAAAUUCCGGAAUUUUUUUUAUAUUUUUUUUUCAGAAAUGUUGUUAUAUCUCCAUUUUAUAUUUCCAUGUUAAAAAGCCACUAGGUGUAGAGCUUGAGGUGCCAGGCAUGACCUUAAUUUUGAUGAUAAUUAUGCAAUCUUUGAGAGAAAUAUCAGGAACUCGGAGGGCUGAAAUUAAGUAUUGUACUCUGCAGUUUGUCCUCAGGAAAGUUUGACUGUGUUACUUUGGAAAUUUGCAUGUUAUUCACAAAGAAAUGCAAGCAAACAUUUUCAUUUCUAUAUUUUAUUUUGGUGACUUUGAUUUCUUUCAUGAAUUUUUGCAAUCAAUGAUAUGAAUAUGUUUUUUCAUGAAAAAGAAGAUUGUAUUAGGGCUUGUAUUAGGAUUGAUUAAUAUACAAUAACUAUAAUCAUUCUACUUACUGGAGUCCAAUGAAAUCAGUGUCCUACAAUUACUGGCUCCAAGUCUCACCGUGUUGUUAAGUAAUAUUUUUGUAAGUCUGAUGUUUAAAGGAAUAUAAAAGUGGUAAAGGAACUGAAAUUGCUCUUUCAGUCUGUGAUUUCAGGUGCUUAAUUUUGGAAAUCUUAUCAAUAAAGUUUGUUGUGGA